AUGUAUGGGCGCUACACACAGGAGCUGGGUGUGUAUGCCAAGGAGGAAGCAGCGCGCCUACGUGACGGGGGGGUACGUGAUGGAGGGGGGCUGCGGAGAAACACCAGCGUCCGGAGCAGAGCCGCCGACCUGCUCGAGUACGAGAAGGACCCCUGUGCCAAAUGCCAAAUGUGUGCGUCUCGAUGCCAAAAGUUCCUCAUUUCCAGAGUGGGGGAAGACUGGAUCUUUCUCAUUUUGCUGGGGCUGCUAAUGGCCCUCGUGAGCUGGGUCAUGGACUAUGCGAUAGCUUUCUGCCAAGAAGCACAGAAGUGGAUGUACGGUGGUCUGGGCAGUAACCUGCUGUUACAGUACAUUGCCUGGGUCACAUACCCCGUGGUGCUCAUCACAUUCUCCGCAGGAUUCACUCAGAUCCUCGCUCCUCAAGCCGUUGGAUCAGGCAUUCCCGAAAUGAAAACCAUUUUACGAGGAGUGGUGCUGAAGGAGUACCUCACCUUUAAGACUUUUGUGGCCAAAGUCAUCGGGCUGACCUGUGCUCUGGGCAGUGGCAUGCCUCUGGGGAAAGAGGGGCCCUUUGUGCACGUUGCCAGUUUGUGCGCAGCUCUCCUCAGUAAAUUCAUGGCGGCCGUGUUUGGAGGGAUUUACAUGAACGAGCUGAGGAACACGGAGAUGCUGUCUGCCGCCUGCGCCGUGGGGGUGGGUUGCUGCUUCGCCGCCCCCAUCGGGGGGGUGUUGUUCAGCAUCGAAGUGACCUCUACGUUCUUUGCUGUGAGAAACUACUGGAGGGGCUUCUUCGCCGCCACCUUCAGUGCCUUCAUCUUCAGAGUGCUGGCUGUGUGGAACCAGGAGGAGGAGACCAUCACUGCGCUCUUCAAAACACGCUUCCGUCUGGAUUUCCCAUUUGAUCUGCAGGAGCUGCCAGCAUUUGCCAUUCUGGGAAUCGCCUGUGGAUUCGCUGGAGCUCUGUUUGUCUAUCUGAACAGGCUCAUAGUGGAAUGCAUGAGGAAACAGAAGACUAUCAACAAGUUCCUACUGAGAAAGCGCCUGCUGUACCCGGCUCUGGUCACUCUGCUGGUGUCUACUCUGACGUUCCCCCCGGGCCUGGGGCAGUUCAUGGCUGGGCAGCUGACACAGCACGAGUCCCUGGUGGCUCUGUUUGACAACCGGACGUGGUGCCGACAGGGUGUGGCAGAGGAGUUUGACUACAUCAGCCAUCAUCACGCCUGGAAACACCCCCAAGUCAACGUCUUCAUCACACUCAUCCUCUUCAUCGUUAUGAAAUUUUGGAUGUCUGCCGUUGCCACCACCAUGCCGGUUCCAUGUGGAGCCUUCAUGCCAGUUUUUUUAAUAGGUGCAGCAUUUGGUCGCCUUGUUGGAGAAAUAAUGGCGGCUGCAUUUCCUGAUGGUAUCCAUGCUGACGGCACCGUGUACCCCAUAGUUCCUGGAGGAUAUGCAGUUGUCGGUGCAGCGGCCCUGUCCGGAGCAGUUACGCACACUGUCUCCACGGCAGUGAUUGUGUUUGAACUCACUGGUCAGAUUUCACACAUCCUGCCCGUCAUGAUAGCUGUCAUUCUGGCCAAUGCUGUAGCUCAAGCACUGCAACCUUCACUCUACGAUUCAAUCAUUCGUAUCAAGAAGCUCCCCUACCUCCCUGAGCUGGGAAUGGGACACCACGAGAAAUAUAAUAUCCGAGUGGAGGACAUCAUGGUUAGAGAUGUGCGUUACAUCACACUCAGCUCAACUUAUCGAGACUUACAGGAGAUGCUGCAGACUGGGCAGCUCAAAACACUGGCCUUGGUCGAGUCCAGAGAGUCCAUGAUCCUGCUGGGCUCCAUUGAGCGGUUGCAGCUACAAUCUCUGCUCACUCUGCAGUUGGGUCGUCAGCGCAGGCUCGAGUACCUCCGACAGAUAGCGCAAGACAACGGGACCCAGGACCCUCUGCCCAGCCUGACCUCGGACAGCAGCGCUAGCUCCCCCUGUGGGCAGACUCACAUCAUCAACGCCACUCCUCGCACCAACGCUCGCCAAACGGUUCGCUUUUUGAUCUCUACAGAAGAGACGUCUUCCUUCAGCCCAGCAGUGUCCAACUUGCAACUUCCUCUCAAAUCUGCCCUGAAAACAGUAUCAGCCAUCAGUGACACAGAGACACCAAAUAGCUCUCAGACACUUUCAUGCACGGACCAGGACAAGGAGCUGCUAGAGAGCCCUGGGCCGGCUCCUCCUGAACACAGAAAGGCCAGGCCCAAACGCAUGAGGAUCUCCAUGGCGGACUCUGAAGUGGAAGACCACAUGAGCCCAACAGAGAUUUCAGUGUGGGAGGAGCAACAGCUCGACCAAGCUGUAGAUUUCAAGAACUGCAAGAUUGACCCUGCUCCCUUCCAGCUGGUUGAGCAAACCUCGCUACAUAAGACUCACACCAUCUUUUCCCUGCUGGGCCUGGACCAUGCUUAUGUGACUAGUAUGGGGCGUCUGGUCGGAGUGGUGUCUCUUAAAGAGUUGCGUAAAGCCAUUGAGGGCUCAGUGACAGUGACGGGGGUCAAAGUUCGCCCCCCUUUGGCAAGUUUCCGGGACAGUGGCAAUACCACAAGUGUAUCUGAAGUAACUGAACUCCACAAACUGUGCAUCCGCCACAGGGGCCUCUCGUUACCACGGGAACUUAAUCGCCUCAAAAUGGAGGAUGAUAACAACCCUCCAUUUGAAGAGAUUCCCAUCAAUUUUUCAGACCAAUGCACUUUACAAUUUGCAACAGGCCAAACUGUGGACAUUAGAGAAGAGUUGGUUCUCCAAGAUAGCCCCUCAUUCGCUGAAGACCAAUCAGAAUUUACGUUUGACUGUAGCCCCUCCCACACGGAGGAGUCAGAACUGGCCUGUGACUAUGACCCGCCCAGUCAGACUCCAGAGCCAGAUGAAACCCAGCAGGAACAAGGUCAGAACCUGGACCAAUCAGAAGCGGAGGAAGAGGGAAGCCCCGGUCCACAGUAAUGACCAAUAUGAAUGAUUAGCAGGGAUACAUGUGUUGUCUCAAGUGUUACAUUACAAGUCCAGCCUGGCUAUAUGUAUGUAUUUAUAGCAGAACUUGAGGUGUGAAUGACAAAUAAGAGACCACAUCCAAUAAUACUUUUUAAACUAAUUGAUCUUAUACCAGAGGAACUGUUUAGGGCCUGUUAUCAAAGCUGGUAACACAUAGUUGUUUGGGGAGUUUUUUUUGUUAACACUGCCAUUACCCCAUUAUAAUCUUACAAAACCUUGAAGUCUCCUAAAAAAAAAAAAGAGUCUUGAUAAAAUGAUAACAAAUGAUUUUAAACAGGAUAGAUUUGCUAAAUGUUUGAGACUGUGUGCGUGUGUGUGUGUGUGUGUGUGCAUGCGUGUGAGUAACUGGUGUGCCAUGGUUCUGGACUCCUCCGUGUCGUAUUUGCGCUUAUGCCAAAUAAACAGUGUAAUAUUUUGCAGGAGAGGAAUACAAAUGAAUCUAAUUGCAAUGAAUAGUUAUAAAUAAACAAGCACAUUAAUAAAGUAAUAUAUUCUAUUACGGAGCACAGAAAUCUGAAAUAUUUACUACCUACAAAUAAGGCUGGCAUUUUUAUAGAUUAUUACAAGCCUGAUAUGCAAAAGGGAUAUUUUUGUUAUUUUGUUUGUUUAAAUAUAGCAUUAUAACUGUCUUUGAUUGCAGCACUAGGACAUAUUCUGUUUUCUUGUACGUCAUAUGUCCACCCCCGAAAUUCAACAACAAAAACAGGCAGCUCUUCUUAAGACAUAAGGUUCAAGGUAAAGCACACAGUAAUUACCACUACUGAAUACUACGGAAGCCAGUAUUAAAAUGGAAUAAACUGCCUCGAUCGCUUAAACUGCGUGAAAUGUUUCUAGCAUGUUACAGGAACAGUAUAGGCUAAUGUACAGAGCACACUUGCACCCUGUAGAUAUAUUUACAGUUAUGCAUCUUUAUGACAUGAGCAGCCUGGCCUCUCAUUAGCACAGUCCAAGUCUGUGGGGGUCUGUGCGUCUGUUGGUGUGUGUGAGAGACAUGUCAUCAGGUUUCAAAUGGAUGUAAUUGUCAAUUGUACAAAUAUUUUAAAUCAUGUUUUCAUUUGCACUAAUCAGGGCUUUUUGUCUGUAUAUUUGUGCAUUUCUUUAUUUGCGUCUUUUGCAUUGAGAAUGUAAAAUAGUGGUUGGCCAUACAAGUAAAAGGAAUUGAGAGAUAUUUUACAGCGUAUCUAGUUAAGCAAUAAGUCUGUAGUACCCUUUAUAUGGCACUGAACUGCUUUGUACAUACAAAUAUAACUACAUGCUUGUACAGGAGAAUUAUGCAUUUGAAAUCAA